AUUAAAAUAGACACAUUUCUGGAAAAAAAAAAAAGAAACCUAAAGAACAUCCUCUUGGAAGUCUCAUAAGUAAUUCAAACUUAGCUCAUCAAAUCACUGAUUUUCUCUAAAAUAUUUGUUCCUUCGUCAGUCUUAUAUCUUAAUAAAUUAUACCACCAUCUAAGUCAAAACCCUGGAGUUAUCCUUGUCUCCCUCAUUCCCCACAUUCAAACCAAUAUCAGGAUAUGUCUCUUCUAUCUCUGUAGUGGACAUCUAUGGAAUUCACCACCUCAACAUUCUUCCUUUUCUCUUGAAAACUCCCUCACUCUCAGAAGUAUUUUUUCUUUGUCCUUUUGUUUCUCUUUCCUUUUUUUCUUCUCCCUUCAUUUGCUCCUGUUUUUCCCACAGGUACAGAAAUUUAAGGCAAUCAUACUAUUUGGUUCACAUUACCAUCAAGGCCUUUCUUAUCUUUUCCCCAUUCCAAUUACUACUCAUGUUCCUACCCUCCUCACUUAGGUCAUCGCUCUAAUAUGUUUGAAAUAUGUCCUUGGAUAUAUCUAUGUCUUUUAAUAAUAUAUAAUGUCUUAUGUAUGUAUAUGUUUUAAAUGUACAUAAUUGACAUCAUGUUAUAGAAAUCAUUCUGUUUCUUUUUCAUGUUUCUGUGAAUACUUCUGAUGCAUAAUAUUGUCUUAAAUGCCCUCACACCCUUGGCCACUGGUCCUGGGCCAAGAUGGGCCAAUCAGAGUCCUUACCCAGAAUUUUUUUUAACUGAAACUGAGAAAGAAAAUUCCUCUCCAGUGUGGAAGCCAUAAAAUGUAAAACACAGGAGCUGUCGGCAGCCACGCGUCCUGCCAUGUGGAACUGGUCUGCGACAAAAAAGAAUGAAGCUAACAUGCAGAAAGCAGCAGAGAACAAUGUGUGCUCAGUACUGCAUCUCCUUUGCUGAUGUUGAAAAAGCUCAUAUCAACAUUCGAGAUUUUAUCCACCUCACACCAGUGCUAACAAGCUCCAUUUUGAAUCAAGUAACAGGGCGCAAUCUUUACUUCAAAUGUGAACUCUUCCAGAAAACUGGAUCUUUUAAGGUUCGUGGUGCCCUUAAUGCAAUCAGAGGUUUGAUUCCUAUCACUUCUGAAAAGCCCAAAGCUGUUGUUACUUACAGCAGUGGAAAUCAUGGCCAGGCUCUCGCCUAUGCUGCCCAAUUGGAAGGAAUUCCUGCUUAUAUUGUGGUACCCCAAACAGCUCCCAACUGUAAAAAACUGGCAAUACAAGCCUAUGGAGCCUCUAUAGUCUACAGUGAACAGAGCGACGAGUCCAGAGAAAAUAUUACCAAAAGAAUUAUAGAAGAAACUGAAGGCAUCAUGGUACAUCCCAAUCAAGAACCUGCAGUGAUGGCUGGGCAAGGGACAAUUGCCAUGGAAGUGCUGAACCAGGUUCCUUUGGUAGAUGCACUGGUGGUACCUGUAGGAGGAGGAGGAAUGAUUGCUGGAAUAGCAAUUACAGUUAAGGCUUUGAGACCUACUGUGAAGGUAUAUGCUGCUGAACCCUUGAAUGCAGAUGACUGCUACAAGUCCAAACUGAAAGGGGAACUGACCCCCAAUCCCUGUCCUCCAGAAACCAUAGCAGAUGGUGUCAAAUCCAGCAUUGGCCUAAACACCUGGCCUGUUAUAAGGGACCUUGUGGAUGAUGUCUUCACUGUCACAGAGGAUGAAAUUAAGUAUGCAACCCAGCUGGUAUGGGAGAGGAUGAAACUGCUUAUUGAACCUACAGCUGCUGUUGGAGUGGCUGCUGUUCUGUCUCAGCAUUUUCAAACAAUUUCCCCAGAAGUAAAGAACAUCUGUAUUGUGCUCAGUGGUGGAAAUGUAGAUUUAACUUCCAUAACUUGGAUGAAGCAGGCUGAAAGGCCAGCCCCUUAUCAAUCUGUUUCUGUUUAAUUUAUGCAUAAGGAAGAAAUGUGAUUCAGUUUUCCUAGACACUU